CGUUUGUUGUCAUUGGCGGCUCCCAAGAUGGCGUCCAUCGUGGAAGGGCCGCUGAGCAAAUGGACUAACGUGAUGAAGGGCUGGCAGUACCGUUGGUUCGUGCUGGACUACAACGCGGGGCUGUUGUCCUACUACACGUCCAAGGACAAAAUGAUGAGAGGCUCUCGCAGAGGAUGCGUUAGACUCAGAGGAGCUGUGAUUGGUAUAGACGAUGAGGACGACAGCACCUUCACAAUAACUGUUGAUCAGAAAACCUUCCAUUUCCAGGCUCGUGAUGCUGAUGAGCGAGAGAAGUGGAUCCAUGCUUUAGAAGAAACAAUUCUUCGACAUACUCUCCAGCUUCAAAUCAGUACUACACUUGCUUUUUUCCAGUCUUCUGGUAUCUCUCCAGUUCUUGAAUUUUCAAAAAUAAUUGGUUUGGAUUCAGGAUUUGUUCCUAGUGUCCAAGACUUUGACAAGAAACUGACAGAGGCAGAUGCUUACCUACAAAUCUUGAUAGAACAACUAAAGCUUUUUGAUGACAAGCUUCAAAACUGUAAAGAUGAUGAACAGAGAAAGAAAAUUGAGACUCUCAAAGAGACAACAAAUAGCAUGGUAGAAUCAAUUAAACACUGCAUUGUGUUGCUGCAGAUUGCUAAAGACCAGAGUAAUGCGGAGAAGCACGCAGAUGGAAUUAUAAGUACUAUUAAUCCUGUAGAUGCAAUAUAUCAACCUAGUCCCUUGGAACCUGUAAUCAGCACAAUGCCUUCCCAGACUGUCUUACCUCCAGAACCAGCUCAGUUGUGUAAGUCAGAGCAGCGUCCGUCUUCCCUACCUGUUGGACCUGUAUUAGCUACCUUGGGACAUCAUCAGACUCCAACACCAAAUAGUACAGGUAGCGGGCAUUCACCACCUAGUAGCAGUCUAACUUCUCCAAGUCAUGUCAACUUGUCUCCAAAUACAGUCCCAGAGUUCUCUUACUCUAGCAGUGAAGAUGAAUUCUAUGAUGCUGAUGAAUUCCAUCAGAGUGGCUCAUCCCCAAAACGCUUAAUAGAUUCUUCUGGAUCUGCCUCAGUCUUGACACACAGCAGUUCGGGAAAUAGCCUAAAGCGCCCAGACACCACAGAAUCACUGAAUUCUUCCAUGUCCAAUGGGACAAGUGAUGCUGACCUUUUUGAUUCACAUGACGACAGAGACGAUGAUGGGGAGGCAGGGUCAGUGGAGGAGCACAAGAGUGUUAUCAUGCACCUCUUGUCACAGGUUAGGCUUGGAAUGGAUCUUACUAAGAUAACAGGUAUCUUCAAAACAACCCUAAGAUCUAAGCCAGGCAUGCAAUUAUCCUCCUUCUGCAGGAACUUACAGAAGGUAGUUCUUCCAACAUUUAUUCUUGAAAGAAGAUCUCUUUUAGAAAUGUAUGCAGACUUUUUUGCACAUCCGGACCUGUUUGUGAGCAUUAGUGACCAGAAAGAUCCCAGGGAUCGAAUGGUUCAGGUUGUGAAAUGGUACCUCUCGGCGUUUCAUGCAGGAAGGAAAGGAUCAGUUGCCAAAAAGCCAUACAACCCCAUUUUGGGUGAAAUCUUUCAGUGUCACUGGACAUUACCAAAUGACACUGAAGAGAACACAGAACUAGUUUCAGAAGGACCAGUUCCCUGGGUUUCCAAAAACAGUGUAACAUUCGUGGCUGAGCAGGUUUCCCAUCAUCCACCCAUUUCAGCCUUUUAUGCUGAAUGUUUUAACAAGAAAAUCCAAUUCAAUGCUCAUAUCUGGACUAAAUCAAAAUUCCUUGGGAUGUCAAUUGGGGUGCACAACAUAGGACAAGGCUGUGUCUCGUGUCUAGACUAUGAUGAGCAUUACAUUCUCACGUUCCCUAAUGGUUAUGGAAGGUCUAUCCUCACAGUGCCCUGGGUGGAACUAGGAGGAGAAUGCAAUAUUAAUUGCUCCAAAACGGGUUAUAGUGCAAAUAUUGUCUUCCACACUAAACCUUUCUAUGGAGGCAAGAAACACAGAAUCACUGCUGAGAUUUUUUCUCCGAAUGAUAAGAAGUCUUUUUGCUCAAUUGAAGGGGAAUGGAAUGGUGUAAUGUAUGCAAAAUAUGCAACAGGGGAAAAUACGGUCUUUGUAGAUACCAAGAAGUUGCCUAUAAUCAAGAAGAAAGUGAGGAAGUUGGAAGAUCAAAAUGAGUAUGAGUCCCGCUGCCUUUGGAAAGAUGUCACUUUCAAUUUAAAAAUCAGAGACAUUGAUGCAGCAACUGAAGCGAAGCACAGACUUGAAGAAAGACAAAGAGCAGAAGCCCGAGAAAGGAAAGAGAAGGAAAUUCAGUGGGAGACAAGGUUAUUCCAUGAAGAUGGAGAAUGCUGGGUUUAUGAUGAACCAUUAUUGAAACGUCUUGGUGCUGUGAAGCAUUAGGUUGGGAAACACAAAAGUUUACACUCGAUGACCAGGGCAACUUGUCCUAAUUAAGCAACAAUCUUCCUUUGGGAGAACCUAUCACUCCCUCCUUAUUGCAGUGGUUCCUAUCUCAGGGAUACCGGACUUUCUGAUGCAGAUGAACAAUUAAAGCCGGAAAAGCUUCCCUUUCUCUAUGGCAGUUAAGAUUUUGACUUCAGUCCUGAGAAAAUGUUAGGUUUUGAAACAAGAUGUCUGCUCCUUUUCCAGACCCCAUGCUUUGAAAAGUUUCACACUCUGCACUCUUGUUCUGCUGUUAAGACAUGACAUGCAAACUCCUACUUACUUACUUCCUGGUUCAUAUAAUCUCUUGGGUUCUAUAUAUACAAAUAUAUACACAUAAAAAUAUACCUGAUGGCAAAUUUUUCAUAAAUAUUCCAUCUAUUGUAAAUAUUGGUUCCUCAGAGUUGUUUUAGAAAAUUAGUGCAAUGUAUUAAAAUCAAGUGUUAGGAAAUUUCAUGGUUUCACCUAUGAUAACUUUUAUUUUGGAAAUGAACUAUUAUUAAAUUGUAUCUAAACCUCUGGA